GAUGAACCACUUGAUUCACAUAAAUCAAUUCUCAUACCACCAUAGCUAAUCACAUUCUGCCAUAUUCACAGACUCGACCAUGCAGACUCAGACGACCGUGGCUUAUACCACCCGACGCACUCUGACCGCCGUCGCCCCCCGUCGUUUGACCUUGGACAACAUCAACCCCCACGUCAAGGCUGCCAAAUAUGCCGUUCGCGGUGAGAUCGCUACCAAGGCAGAGGAAUACCGCGUGAGACUGGCUCAGGGGGAUAAGUCUCUGCCCUUUGACAGCGUCAUCUUCGCCAAUAUUGGCAACCCUCAGCAGUUGGACCAGAAGCCCAUCAGCUACUUCCGACAAGUUUUGAGUCUUCUCGAAAACCCCGUGUUGCUGGAAAACCCCGAGUCUCUUCGGACCACAUUUGGCUACCCACAAGACGUCAUCGACCGUGCGAAGGCGCUGCUUGCGGAUGUUCAAAGUGUUGGUGCCUAUAGUCACAGCCAAGGUGCACCGCUUAUCCGGGACAGUGUGGCCAAGUUCAUUGAGCAGCGUGAUGGGUUCCCUGCCAACCCCCAGGAUCUAUACUUGACCGCUGGUGCUUCGUCUGGUGUGAGCACUGUCUUGAACAUUAUCUGCGAUGGUCCCUCCGCCGGAGUGCUUGUCCCGAUCCCUCAGUACCCCCUUUACACUGCAACACUGUCUCUUCUGGACGCACAGUGUGUUCCUUACCUACUGGAUGAACAUAAGGCUUGGGGUACUGAUGUGAAUGCCAUCAAAGAGAACUUGUCAAAGGCUAAGGCUGCUGGCACCGACGUUCGUGCCAUUGUUGUUAUCAACCCCGGUAACCCUACCGGUGCUUCUCUCAGUGCUGAAGAUAUUAAGGGUGUUCUUGAAGUUGCCGCUGAGGAGAGACUGGUGGUCAUUGCCGAUGAGGUAUAUCAGACCAAUGUUUUUGCAGGCGAAUUCAUCUCUUUUAAGAAGGGACUUCGUCAGCUACAGCAGGAAACACCCGGCAAGUACGACAACGUGGAGCUGGUCUCCCUGCACAGUGUCUCCAAGGGUAUGGUCGGCGAGUGCGGUCACCGCGGUGGCUACUUUGAGCUCGUCGGUUUCGACCCCGAAGUCGCAGCCCAGAUCUACAAAUAUGUUAGCAUUAUGCUAUGUCCACCAGUCAUUGGUCAGUGCCUGGUUGAAUUGAUGGUGAACCCUCCCAAGGAGGGAGAGCCCAGUUACGAUUUGUACCAGAAGGAAUACAACGGCAUUAAGGAUGGCCUGAGAAGCCGUGCUAUGGCUCUUUACGAAGCGUUCCAGGAGAUGGAGGGCGUCGAGUGCCAAGAACCUCAGGUGAGCAUUUGCCCCUUCAGCUACAGAUCACGAAUGUUAAUUAACCAAACUACAGGGCGCUAUGUACCUUUUCCCAACCAUCAACCUCCCCACCAAGGCUAUUGAGGCUGCCGCUGCUGAAAACCGGGCCGCAGACGAAUUUUACUGCCUGCGACUUCUUGAUGCUACCGGUAUCUGUGUGGUCCCUGGC